AUGGAUCCUCUGAACACCAGUACUCUGCCAAUGAAUGCAAGCACAGUACGAGUGGUCUUGAUGCCCCGUAUUGGUUAUACUAUAAUAGCAAUUAUUAUGGCAACAUCUUGCACUUUAUCAGUAAUUUUGAAUACAACCGUCAUUGUAGUAACUAUCAAGUACAGACAGCUUCGUCAGCCCAUUAAUUAUUCCCUGGUUAAUUUAGCUAUAGCAGACCUUGGAGCGGCUUUGUUAGGAGGAAGUCUGAAUGUAGAAACAAAUGCUGUUGGGUAUUACAACCUGGGUAGAGUUGGCUGUGUCACUGAAGGUUUUGCUAUGGCAUUUUUUGGCAUUGUGGCUCUGUGCACCAUAGCAGUGAUAGCUGUUGACCGUGCAAUUGUGGUCACCAAGCCUAUGGGAACGCUUACUUUUACCACCAGGAAAGCUAUGAUUGGAGUUGCUGCUUCCUGGAUAUGGUCUCUUGUUUGGAACACGCCUCCUCUUUUUGGUUGGGGAGGAUACCAGAUGGAAGGCGUUAUGACCUCCUGUGCUCCAGACUGGUACAACAGUGACCCUAUCAAUGUUUCCUACAUUAUCUGCUACUUUCUAUUCUGCUUUACAAUUCCAUUCGUCACUAUCCUGGUCUCCUACGGCUACCUGCUACGGACUCUGCGCCAGGUUGCUAAAGUUGGAGUUGCACAGCGAGGCUCAACAACUAAAGCGGAAGCUCAGGUGUCACGGAUGGUGAUAGUAAUGGUUAUGGCAUUCUUGAUCUGCUGGCUUCCUUAUGCAACAUUUGCCUUGGUUGUUGUGGGUAAUCCUCAAAUCUACAUUAAUCCUAUUAUAGCCACUGUCCCAAUGUACAUGGCAAAAUCCAGCACAUUCUAUAAUCCAAUCAUCUAUAUUUUUAUGAACAAGCAGUUCCGUGAUUGCCUUGUUAGGUGUCUCCUGUGUGGAAGAAAUCCCUGUGCUUCUGAGAAAGCUGAGGAAGAUGAUUUAGAAGUUUCUACAAUUGCUCCUGCUCCUUCCUCAAGACACGGCAAAGUUUCUCCUAUGUAGAAAACAGUUCACUAUUGGUUUGGACUGAUUAAGAACACAAUGCUAUGGGAGCUUACUCACAAAUAAGUUCCACCGUGUUCAGUGAGGCAUAAACAUGCUUAGUAUUUCUGAAUUCUAAUCUGUUCCAACUACUGUACAAAACCCUAUCUGGAAAUAGCUACACUGUUCGAUACUCUUCGUACUAUUAUUCAUUUAUUAUUUCUGUGGCACUUCCCUGGUUGAAGCACUUGAAAUUAAUUUUAAAAUUGUUUUAUUAAUUGUGGUGAGCCAAAAAUUAGUUUGUUAUCAUUAAUGUUAUGAAAUGUAAAGUGUUUACAUUGAUAGGCAUUACUCUUUAAAGAAAACAUCAGAUUAGCAGUAAAUGCAAGAGAUUUCCUUCUGUCUCCAAAUUGCACAACCUAGGCUCAGAUUAAAUCCACUAUGAAAUGAAGGGAUGGGGUGCAGAGUAUUCACUGGUGAAAAAGAUAUACUCUGCACAUGUUUAGAGACACUUUC